CUUUUUUUUUAGUGCUUGAGUCGGGGCAUCACAUGUGGCGGUCAUAAUGGAGAAAUAAACGUGUCAAGAGCUGUACACACAGAUCGACCGCUUGCCAAAAAUAGGCAUUAAGUUCAGCAUAUAAAAACUCGAUGGGCUUUCAUUUGGAUAGUCAAAUUGUUGGAGAACUUCACAGCGUUCGGUCGAAAUUGGGCGGACUAAAAGCGGAUUUUAACGGUUAUUUUUGUGGAUAUCGCAGUCAAAAGGAUAAAACAUGUUAACGUGGUCACUGUGGUGUGCAUUAUUAUUCGUUCUUUGGAUUUAUUUUUUGUGGAGUCGGCGGCGAUUUUAUUUACUCACACUCAAAAUUCCCGGACCACUUGGAUACCCAUUUCUGGGAAUGGCACACAAACUGAUUCACAGGGAAGAUAUACUGAAUGCAUUUGGAGUUUAUCUGGCAAAGCAUGGCCCAACAAUAAUGUCAUGGCUGGGCCCUAUUCCCUUUGUGAUCGCCAGUGACCCUCAGGUGGUGCAGGAUAUACUGACCUCGCCUCACUGCGUGAACAAGGGCAUCAUCUACAGGGCCAUAGACGAUGGAAUGGGCGUAGGACUAUUUAGUUUAAAGGAUCACCGCUGGAGUGUUCAUCGCAAGCUGCUGAAUCCGGCAUUCAGCCACAAGGUAUUGCUUAACUUUCUGCCCAUUUUCAACAAAGAGACGGGACAGCUACUUAGCCAGUUGGACGCACUGUCGAGCAACGGCGAAUACAAUUUAAUUCCGCUUCUGCAAAUCUUUACGAUGGGCAUAACAACUCAAACCACAAUGGGAUGCGAUGUGAAGAGUGAGGAGAACUUUAGCUCCAUCGUGGAGAGCUAUCACUGUUGUCUAGAAACCAUGACAGAUAUGUGCAUCUCGCCAUGGCUCCACAGUAAGUGGGUCCGCCAGCUGCUGGGCAGGGAGGCAAACUAUCUUCGGUCCAAGAUGGAGAUCCGGGCAUUCCUAAGGAAGCUUAUUCAAAAAAGAUUGGCAGAUGACACGGAGGACUCCAUCCAGUCCAAGGAUAAGAACAUUUUUCUCCAUGUGACAACGGACCUUCUCAAGCGCGGUGUAUUCGACCUGACCAAUGUAGAGGAUGAGUCGAACCAAGUUGUGUUCGGCGCCUUUGAGACCACCGCUAAGACCGUGUAUUAUGUUCUCAUGUUGCUGGCCAUGUACCCCCAAUACCAGGAGAGAGUGUUUGAUGAAAUCAAAAGUCUGUUCCCCGAUUGCGGUGAUUUCGAGGUCACAUAUGAAGACACCCAGCAAAUGGUGUACCUGGAUCUAGUUAUAAAUGAGUCAAUGCGAUUAAUAUCGCCAAUUCCCCUUGUUUCGCGGCAAACGUCAGCGGAUCUGACUCUAUCGAAUGGGAUUGUGAUUCCCAAGGGAGUGCAGAUCAUGAUUGACAUAUUCCACAUGCACCGCAGUAAGAAGAUCUGGGGACCGGAAGCGGAAAACUUCAAUCCAGACAACUUCUUGGCGCACAAAACUCGGGGCGAACAGCACCCAUAUGCAUUUAUACCUUUCACAAAGGGUAUUCGGAAUUGCAUAGGCUGGAGAUAUGCUUUGAUAUCAGUGAAAGUCAUACUGGCGAAACUGUUGAGGAACUUUAGCUAUAAAACCAGUUUUAAGUUUGAAGAUCUUUAUUUUGUGGAAGAUGUAACCAUGAAGCUCAAAACGGUUCCGAAGCUGCAAAUAGAAAAGAGAAAAUGAGUAAUUAAUUAUAUGAAAGAAAGAGGCAACGAACUCUUACUAAUGGAGCUUGUCAGAGUAAUUAUAAGAAAAAUAAAAGUAUUAAUGGAAUGAGUAUGGAACAAAACAACCAUCCAAAUGAUAUGCCCCUGUCUCUAUGAGUAUCGGGUAAUUACAUUUCUGGUGCAAUAUAAUCUAUAAAAAUUUCAACUGAAACUGAAAGCCCCAAUUGUACGGCACGGAAUGCAGCAUCGAUCUACAAACUAUAAUUAACGGUUAUUCUACAAAUUAAAAAUUUCC